UGGCCUUCGUUGUGCCAGCUUGGCCUACUCUUCUCCCUUCGCCUCGUGCUCUCCCACUACUAUUCCCGACCGUUGGUCCGACCUAUACCACGAUUUCAAACACCACCACCUUUGGUUUUCCAUCGCCGAAGCGCUCGGACUUGGCGGCUCUCUCCGAUCGUUCCUCAACCUUCUGCCGCAACCACCACCACGCGGCGGAGGGGAAGGGUGGUGAGCCAUGGGAGUGCUAGUGGAGUCGCCGUGGCUGUCCAUACGUGAGGUGGUGAUCCAGAGCGUGACGGCCUACCACGCCCAGCAGCAGCAGCGGAAGAGGAAGAGCCUCUCGUGGAGCAGUGCUGAUGGAAGCGGCGGCUCAGCGGUCGGGGACGACGGCGACAUCGGGUUCUGGGAGGAGGAGGAGGAGGGCACCAUGGAGCUGGCCCAGAUCGGGGCCGAGCGGACCAAGAACGUGCUUAUCCUGAUGAGCGACACCGGCGGCGGUCACCGGGCUUCUGCGGAGGCCAUUCGUGAUGCCUUCCGUAUCGAGUUCGGGGAUGAGUACAGGGUGUUUGUGAAAGAUUUGGAUGGCCGCUGAACGAUAUGGAGAGGUCCUACAAGUUCAUGGUGAAGCAUGUGCAAUUAUGGAAGGUGGCCUUUCACAGCACCUCUCCUCGAUGGGUUCAUAACUUGUAUCUUGCUGCCAUCGCAGCCUUCCACGCCAAGAAGAUGGAGGCCGGUCUGAAGAAGUACAAGCCUGAUAUCAUCAUCGGCGUCCAUCCUCUCAUGCAGCACAUUCCUUUGUGGGUGCUGAAAUGGCAGAACCUUCAGAAAAGAGUUAUUUUUGAGACUGUCAUCACUGACCUCGGCACCUGCCACCCUACAUGGUGCGUUCAACCACAUUAACCAAGCUCAUGCUGCCAUCUCUGUAUACGACCUGUAAUUAAUGGAAGAACCGUAGCUGUUUCAGGUUCCACACCGGAGGAAGUAUCAAAGAGGGCUUCAGCGGAUGGCCUAGAGCCUUCACGGAUCCGUGUGUUCGGUUUGCCCAUCAGACCUUCCUUCUGUCGAGCAGUCUUAGUCAAGGAUGAACUGAGGAAAGAGCUGGAGAUGGAUCCUCAACUUCCUGCGGUCUUGCUCAUGGGAGGAGGUGAGGGAAUGAUGGGGAUAGAUUCUCUGUUCUUGUUCUAAUUGGCGUGUGUGCAACUCAUAUCCAAGUCUACGUUUCUACACUGUCAAUAUAUUUGUAAAGAUGUCCUCAGUGUCUGUCUAACUUCAUAGCAACGCAGCUGAACUUUUGUUUAAGUCAAAUCUUUGUCAUCGAGUGA